UACCCCCGGAGUGGGAGGAACGUGAGCGCUGCAGGAGGACCGAGGCCGGAGAGAGAGGCACCUCCACACCGUCUCAAAGCAAAUAUAAGACUCGCUGUUUGAUCCAGGGAGGAUACAGUCCGGUUUGGAGAGGACGCGCCACUUCCUGCAAGACGCAGGACUUCCCUCUUUCACUUUCCUCUCCUUCUCCUUGAGCCUUCAGAACAUGUUUCCCAGCGUGUCUUUGCUGCUUUUCUUGCUCUGUUCGGUGGAGGCGAGCCGCGGCUCUGGCUCCGGCUCCGGGUUCGAGUCCCAGGACGUGCUGCCCGUCCGGGUCAACGGGAGAACCGGCGGCCGGUUCUGGAAGCGCAGCGAGGAGCAGCCGGUGUUCAGCCUGAGGGCGUUCGGCCGAGACCUGACUCUCACCCUGGUCCCGGACAGCAGCUUCCUGGCCCCGUCCUUCUCCAUCCAGCGCGUCAGAGCCGCCCGCACCGGCGCCGGAGCAGCUUUACGCACCGGCGGAGGAGUUUUACGCACCGCGCACUCGGACCUUUGGACCCGCAUGAACCGGACCGAGGAGGCCGAGGGCCAGCUGAGGAGCUGCUUCUACUCCGGCAGCGUGGACCAGGACCGAGACUCGGUGGUGGCCGUGAGUUUGUGCUCCGGCAUCUUCGGCUCCUUCGUCACCAACGGGACCGAGUAUUUGAUUGAGCCCAAAAAACUGCGCUCGAGCCCAAGCGGGCCGUCGGUGCCGGAAUCCGCGGAGCAUGUCAUCCGGAGGAGGAAUCUAACCGAGAACCGCGCACUUUCCCUGGUGUUCGACCGCCAGGACGGCCGGGAGGGGACUUUUACGCACGGCGGCGGCGGCGGCGGGCACGCGCGGAGCGCGCCGCGGCGGAGGCGCUUCGUCUCCGCGCCGCGCUUCAUAGAAACCCUGGCCGUGGCGGAUUCAAGCAUGAGCCACUUCUACGGAGAGGAAAUAAAGCACUACGUCCUCACCCUCAUGUCCAUGGCAGCCCAGCUCUACAAGCACCCGAGCAUCAAGAACUCGGUGAACCUGGUGGUGGUGAAGAUGCUGGUGGUGGAGGACGAGGAGGUGGGACCGCAGGUCUCCAGCAACGGGGGCGUGGCUCUGCGGAGCUUCUGCUCCUGGCAGCAGCUCUUCAACCCGGCCAGUCACCGGCACCCGGGCCACUACGACACCGCCAUGCUGUUCACCAGAGAGGACAUUUGCGGACAGAAGAGCUGCGACACGUUGGGUGUUGCUGAUGUCGGAACGAUGUGCGAUCCCAAAAAAAGCUGCUCAGUCAUCGAGGACAACGGACUGCAAGCUGCCUUCACAGCUGCACACGAGCUUGGCCACGUGUUGAGCAUGCCUCACGAUGAUUCAAAGACAUGUGAGCGGCUGUUUGGAGAUCUGGGAGGACAUUACCUGAUGGCUCCUCUGUUUGUCAGCCUCAACAAAACUGCACCGUGGUCUCCCUGCAGUGCCCUCUACAUCACUGAAUUCUUCGACAACGGGCAUGGGGACUGUCUCCUGGACAUCCCAGAGACUACCAUGCCCUUCCCGGGAGACCUGCCGGGCACCAAGUACAGCCUGGACCAACAGUGUCAGCAGAUCUUUGGAGAAGAGUUCGUCCACUGCCCCAACACCUCCGACAGUGACAUCUGCAGCCAGCUGUGGUGUCGAGAGGACGGCACGCCGCAGUGCUCCACCAGGAACGGCAGCUUGCCCUGGGCUGACGGCACACCCUGCGGGGCAGACGGAUCGUGCCUCGAUGGCGUCUGCAAGUCGACCCAGGAGGUGCUGCAGCCGCUGAUGGCUGUGGACGGUGGCUGGAGCUCUUGGGGGCCGUGGCGGGGCUGCUCCAGGACGUGCGGAGGCGGGGUGGAGUUCUCCCACAGGGAGUGCAGCGACCCGGUGCCGCAGAAUGGAGGGUGGUACUGCGAGGGCCAGCGGGUUCGGUACCAGUCCUGCAACACGCAGCCAUGCGACAACAAUGAAGGUAAAAGUUUCAGGGAGGAGCAGUGUGAGGCGUACAACAGCGCCAACUACCUGGACCAGAACGGGAACAUGAAGCAGUGGAUUCCAAAGUACGCUGCCGUUUCUCCCAGAGACAGAUGUAAGCUGAUCUGCAGGGCUAGAGGCAGCAGCGAGUUCAAGGUCUUUGAAUCCAAGGUGAUUGACGGGACCACCUGUGGCCCGGACACCACGUCCGUGUGUGUCCAAGGCCAGUGUGUGAAAGCAGGCUGUGAUCACGUGAUCGGAUCCAACAAGAGGGUGGACAAGUGUGGAGUGUGUGACGGCAGUGGACUCAGCUGCAGGAAGAUUACAGGCUCCUACAACAAAGCGAACUAUGGGUACAACGACAUCGUCACGAUUCCCGUUGGCGCCACCAACAUUGACAUCAAACAGCGGAGCAACAGAGGAAUCAAGCAUGACGGGAACUACCUGGCCAUGAAGAGGGAGGGUGGCACUUACAUCCUGAACGGGAACUUCUCCGUGUCCACAAUGGAGCAGGACAUCCCAGUCAUGGGUGCCGUUUUGAAGUACAGCGGCUCCUCCACCACGCUGGAGAGGAUCCAGAGCUUCAGUCAACUCAAGGAGACCAUCACUAUUGAAAUCCUGGCCACCGGCGGAGACGCCAACCCCCCCAAGGUCAAAUAUUCCUUUUUCAUCCCUACGGAUGUGACGUUCAGCAAAUCCAAAGACAAGAAGGACUUAUCUUGGCACAUGAUCGGUACAUUCGGUGUGUCUGACUGGAUGGCAGGCGAGUGGUCCGAGUGCUCCAAGAGCUGUGGUUCUGGGUGGUCCAGGAGGAGUGUUGAAUGCAUAGACAGUGAAGGCUUCCAUUCCAGCCAGUGUGAGAAAGACCUGAAGCCUACGGACAUCAGGCCCUGCGGGGACCUGCCGUGCCCCAUCUGGCAGAUGGGGCCUUGGUCGGCCUGCUCACGAACUUGUGGCCAGGGGGAGCGCCGCCGCAGUGUCUUCUGCAUAGACUAUACUGGGAACACUGUUGAACCGGAGAGGUGUGAUCCCAACAAAAUCCCAGAUCCAGUCUCUGGAGAGUGUAACAACCAGGACUGCUUAUGAAGAACAGCAAAACUCUCCCUUUUCGGUCUGCGUGCACAUACGAAGCAUGGAUGGAUUAGUGACUGGCUGUACCGGGACCUGACCCAAAGGCACAAACACCUGCAAACGCCAAAUACAAUGCCACGGUAUCAAUCACAAAAAGCUGCAAUUUGACCAAAAAGAACAGCAAAAUAACUAGAUAGAGGCUCAAACCUCAGCCUUUUCCGCCAACUAGAUCCUGGUGCUGGUUCACCGUGGGCUCCAUAUUUACAGAGCCGAUACAUCACCAGAUAAUUAUGUCAGUGGAGUACUCCCAACGUGGUUUGAACGGUACCUCAGAGAACCUUAAAGUUUUUCAGAGAACCAUGGUCCACCAAAGAGGGUCACUUCAGCUCACUUUACCUGAUGGUGCCAAUUCAGAACCAAGUCAUCCAAGCCAGCAUUUCUGUGCAGGCCCUAUAUAAGCUAAAUGGGUCCCACAUGGGUUUGUCUGCAGGUUUCGUGAUAGUCCUACCUGUGACUGGUAUCUACCUGGUUUUAGCUGGGUCCCAAUUGGUCAAUUUGUCCUUCCAAUAGCUCCUUCCCAUUAAUUUCACUUAAUUGGGACCCACUCAGGCCUCCCAUGUGGGAUCCAUAAUACUGAAACUAUAAAGAACCCAUUUCAUGCCUAAGCCCACUCUUUACCCAAGCAGAACCACUUAUUUCCCAGGUGGGUCCCACAUGGACAUGCUGGCUGGGAGCUGGAGGCACCUUACAUUUCUAUGCAGUGUAAUGAAUACAGCCCAGCUCAGACCAGUUUUUUCCAGUUCCAGUUUAAUGAAAAACAGGUUAGCUGAGUAACCCCACAAACUCCACCGAAUCACAUCGUAGAACAGAUCACAACCAGAGUUGGUCGUCAGUAACGAGGACCGCUCCUGGAAAUAAAAGUUGAGCUUGUGAAUCAUCCAGUAUUUAUGAACACUGCCAAGACCUGGAUCUAUCCCGCCCGGGUUGAGGAGGCUCCAUAAAAAUACUCAUGUUGCCUCAGUUGGUGCUUUCUUUGCCGUUGGCUGGUGCUACGUUGGGCGCUGGUUCUGAACCAGCACUGGAAACUGGUCGCUGGAAAUGGUCUGUCUGAUCCAGAAUCUUCCUGUUGACCUUAUAAGGUUCACAAGGCAGUCAUUUGUACUCUUUUAAUAGUUUUCUAUCAAACUUCAUGUCGGAAUGUUACUUCUGACCAGAUUGGGGCAGUAUAUUGGCAGAAGGUUCAUGUGUGGGCCCCUCGUGUGUGACGCAAUCAAGCUCACCUCUAGUGGGACAAAGUGGUAUCACAGGACGUACCGGACCAUCCCCGGCCGAUAACGCGGUAUCGUCAUUCUUUUGUUUACGCAGCCGAUGUUUGCCUCCAUGUGGUCAGAAGUGGCAUUGAUCCAUAGCGUGCUUCGGUCAUGGAGGUGUUACUUCUGAGCAGAGUUGGUCAGAGCCUUUGAUUGGUCCAGAUGUUUGUACGAUCUAUUUACGUUAGAGUUGUGACAUCGAAGGCUGUUUUUUUUGUUGUUUUUUUGUUUUUAAAUAUGAUUAUUGUCUAUUUUUUCAUCUUUUGUUGACAUUUGACAACCACUAUUGAAAUUAGAGUGAUGUAAAUCUACCUCAGGAUGCACACGUGAGUGUAGCGGCUCUCAAAGGCUGCGGCGUGUUCUUUCUCCACAACCAGAAGUUUUCUAGCACCUCUUACAAAGAAGGGGUCUAGAACAUGAAACCUGCUGUCAAAAACCGGUACCGUGUAAAUAUACCUCCAGUCCUCCAGAACUCUUUUGAAGCUUUGAUGGAGCCCUUCGCCUGGAUGUUGGGGUAAGUACGCCCCAUCGAGCCUUCAGCCUCCGGGGAACCUGCUCAUGGGGGAUUUCUCCUCUUUUCUACUGGCGGACAAAUGUGAUUUUGGUAAAUGCUUUCCUCCUGGAGAUUGUGGUUCCUAAAGCUACAGGGAUACCCAGUUCCUGUCAAAAUGUUUACCAUCUAAACUAGACUGUAGAAGAAGAGAGGCCAGUGAUCACAGCUGAUUAUUGGUAUCUGACUCCCAAAGAUUCUCAUCUUAAAAACAUUUAUAGUUUCAACUUCUCUCAUGAAAUACAGCGGCAACAAAAAGGUCAUUACUGAUUUUAUGUGUUAAUUUGCAAUAAAAUGUGAGCAGAUCUUCAUCUAAGUGAUAAAACUUUCACAGUUCCGGAGGGAAAAGUAGGUUUCUCCUUGGAGUUCCCAGCUGGUUGGAGCUCCGUCAGCAGCAGUGGGAGUUGUGGACCAUCCAUGUGUCUCUCUGGAGCUCAUUCCACAGCAUCUCUGUGGGGUUCAGGGCUGGACUCUGACUGCACUACUCCAGAAGGUGGAUUUGUUUUUUCGGAAGUCAUUCUAUGGUGGAUUUACUUCCAUGUUUAGGGUCAUUGUCCCGCAGCAUCAGCCAGCUUCUACCGAGCUUCGGCUGCUGGACGGAUCCCCUGGAGGAGGUUUUGGUAAACUUUGGGACUUUGAUGGUAUUCCCCUUAAUGUUGCCCAGUGGUCCGUGUCCUUAGGCCAAGGGCGUAGGUUUGCAUAGGGACGGUAGGGACAUAACACUACCAACUUUUCAGGAGGCUCAAAUUGUCCCCACCUACUUUAAAGCAACCUUAUUUGCAUUAUAUAAUGAGUUCAGAUAUAUAGGUAAUUUAGAUUGUCUUCCCAAAUGUUGUAAGGAUAGAAUUGACCCAACCAUUAUUAAGUGAAUUAUUUUCAUUAUAUUUAGACUUACAUUUACCCCCUUUCACUUGCUGAAUUUGCCGGUCCAUUUUUUUUUCCUCAAACGCACGUUUGAUUGGCUGAUGGCUUGACACCACAUUCACCCAAUCUGUUUGGUCUUAUUAAUGUCCUGUCCCCAGUAAAAAGUGUACAUGCAGGUUAUGCUGUUAUAUCGUCCCUACCAAUGUUGAAACCAAACCUACGCCCUUGCCUUAGGCAGUGAAUCAAGUCCACAGCAUGACGCUACCUCCACCAUGCUUGAACACUGGGACGAUGUUUUGAUGCUGGUAAAUUCUGACCUUUUUGUGCCAACAAAGUAAAACUUUGUUACAUCGGUCCACAAAACAUUUUCCCAGUGGCGUUUCAGAUUAACAGGGUGUUUUUUUGCAAACCUUGGGUGAGGAGCAUCUUCUGGGCCUCACCCAGCCUCUCCUGGGUUUAGGCUAGUCACCUGCUGUCGGGGUUCCUCUAGUCCUGGUUCCCCGUUCAGUGAGUCCUGUAUGGUAAACUCAUGAACAGAGAUGUUCCUCCUAGGCUCUUCUUGACCUCACUGAGGAUUCCGCAUUGUCUUUGGAGUCACCUGAACACCUUGAUGUCCAGAGCAGCUACAGAACUAAACUGUUUCCAUCUCUGGACAGUUUAACUGUGGGCCGAUGGUUGUCGGGAGAUUGGUGACCUUUUAUCUCUGUCCAGGCUUCUACGUAGGAACUACUCUGGACCGUGUGUCCUCAGCCUUCAGAUGACUUCUAUGAAGAUUAGUGAACAUUUUAUGGCAAAUUUAUGUCAAUUGAAAAAAAAAUUCUUGCCACUGUACUUCUUCAAAACCCUUUCCAUCAUCAUGGUUUCCUUGGCUAGAUCCACUCCUGACCGGAUUGUUGAUAGUCUUCACGAUUACAAGACCCAGCUGGGCAACUAUUGGGCAAAAUCAAACCGUCUGUGUUGGACAGAACAAUGUAACACCAAGUCUAUUGCUUUUCAGACCUUUAUUGGUCGACAAAUGGAAGUGCUCUUUGUUGUUUUCGGACUCCUGUAUGUAUAUUUGUUCUUUCAUUCCUGUCGUUAAUUUACAGUAUAAUAUAAGAUAAAGUCAUCCCUUCAGUGAAGGACCAUGCUAUUUUAUUAUUACAGCUUUUAAAGCUAUUUAUUUUUGUACAGUUUUUACCAUGAACAUGUAAAUAACAUGGCAGAUGCUGCUGUCUUUGAGUUUGUUUUGGGUUAUA